AUGUCUUUUUCUUUCUGGUCCACGAAUGGCUCACGACUUUCUGGAAUAGGUGGAAUAGCGGAAGAGGGGUUCGAUGUGGGUUAUCCACAGCAAGGCAAGGUCCUCCGAAUGAAAGCGAAUGAUAGGGCAGAGGUAAAACAAUACAUGGAAGAGAUCCCGUCCUUGGCUGAAGGUGCAGCAGAGGUGGACAUACUCCGAGCGAAAUCGCACAUGGUCUGGGAGGUUUUCUUCUAG